UCCUACAUCCUAUAUAGUAUUCAGAAAAUAUCAAAUCAUGAGAACUUGUGCUGUAGUUGUCUUUAUUGCCACCUUGGUGGUUUCGAUCCACUGCAUUACUGAUGAAGAAAAGGAGAGACUCAGGACACUGCAUAACGAAUGCAAAAGUCAUAUCGAUGAAGAGACCGCAAGAAAAUUUUACAAAGGAGAACUACUGGAUAAAUCCGUGAUUGGUAGUUACGCUCUUUGUAUAUCCAAAAAAUCUGGUUUUCUAAAUGAGGACGGUAAACUAAACAAAGAUAACUUGAAGAAAGCUCUCGGUCGCGCUAUUUCAGAUGAGGCUAAGUUGAACGAAGUUAUAAACAAAUGUGCCGUCGAGAAGGAUGAUCCUCAAGACACUGCUAUAUCUUUAGGAAAUUGCUUCCGUAGAGAAGCUGGAGCCCCUCACCAUUAACAUGCAUAAGCCCAGGGAUCUGAUAUAAGUUUUAAUGCGAUAUGGCAAAAAAAUUGUUAAACAAAUAUUAUUGACUAAAAAAAUAAAUUAUCAAUUUACCCAUUAAGAAAAA